AUGACUCGCUCGGGACAGGAAAGCACCAAUGCCAAUGUUAGAGAAAUAACCCCGAAGCAUGGCAACUUCGCCGGGAAGCUUCCGCUUCUUGGAUGCUCGGUCACGAGUCGAAGGGGAGAUGCCACCGUCUUGCGGGACGUGUUUGAUAUCGUGGAGUGUGCACGUCGACCUAUCAAAGAUGUCAUACCGAUGGCUAUGGAGCUGAACUUGGUCAACACCAUGUUGGAGAUAGUAGCGGGCGGCGAGGUUGGUAAGAUUGCCUUGGAGGUCAUGGAGAAAAUCGGAGCUGGAGUCAACACUGCAUAG